AUGGCAGCAAGGGACAUUUUGAGCGAUUCACCUUCACCAGAUACAGCAGCCGCAGAUGAUGGCGAGAGCACCGCAAAGCGCACGGGUCUGUUUGGUCGCCUGAAAAACGGCUUAGCUAAAACGCGCACUCAGUUAGCGCAGGGUGUGGGUAACCUGCUGCUCGGCGAGCGUGAGAUCGACGACACUGUCCUGGAGGACCUGGAGACAGCUCUGCUCAUCACCGAUGUUGGUAUAGAUACCACAACCAGCAUCAUGGCGGAUCUGGCUCAGCAGGUGAAACGUAAAGAGCUUAAUAAUACGCGAGCCCUGCACGGUGCGUUAGGUCGUUUGUUGAAGGCCCGCCUGGAGCCCCUGCAGAAAGAUUUGACGCUGACAGACAAAAAGCCGCACGUGAUCUUUUUUGUUGGGGUCAACGGCGUAGGCAAAACAACAACUAUUGGUAAACUGGCCAAGCAGUUACAGAAUCAGGGUAAAAAUGUCAUGUUGGCCGCGGGUGAUACCUUCCGCGCAGCAGCAGUUGAACAGUUACAGGUGUGGGGUGAGCGCAACAACGUGCCGGUUAUUGCUCAGGCCCAGGGAUCUGAUAGUGCUUCAGUGGCGUUUGAUGCUCUGCAAUCCGCGCAGGCGCGCGGCGCUGAUGUGUUACUGGUAGACACCGCGGGCCGGCUGCAGGAUAAAGCCCAGCUUAUGGAUGAAUUGAAAAAAGUACAUCGCGUGGUCAAGCGUCUCGAUGACUCAGCGCCCCAUGAUGUUGUGCUUGUGCUGGAUGGCGGAGUUGGUCAGAACGCACUCAGUCAGGUGCGUUUGUUUAACGAGGCGGUAGAUCUUACGGGCCUGGCGAUCACCAAGCUGGACGGCAGUGCCAAAGCGGGUGUUAUUUUCUCUAUUGCAGCUUUGCAGGACAUUAACCUGCCGGUUUACUUUGUCGGGGUAGGUGAGGGCAUUGAUGAUCUGCGGCAGUUUGUAGCAGACGAUUUUGUUGAGGCGCUGUUGGAUCAGGAUUUCAAAGACUCCCUCGAGCGUACCGACGCCUGA